AUGGAAGGAGCACCAACAAUGUCUCCCAAAAUCGCUUUAAUAACAGGGGCGAAUAGUGGCAUAGGAUUUACUAUUGCACAAAGACUUCUAAAUCAUUCGACUGACGGCUUCCGAGUCGUGCUUUGCUGUCGUAAUCGAAAAAAAGCCUCCGAUGCACGAGAUACUUUAUUAAAGGAAUUUCCGAGUGGGUUAAUCGACAUAAUUAUUGUGGAUGUUGGUUCGGUCGACUCGGUGUUUAGGUCUUGUAAGGAAAUUAAGAAAAAAUAUGACCGUAUCGAUCUGCUCUUCUGCAAUGCAGGGAUAUUUCCUUGUGCGUAUUUAGAUUGGUGGACUGUUGCUCGACAGGCGAUAACAGAUCCUAAGGGCUUAUUAAUAGAAUCCACUCCAUUAAUUCAACCCGUAGGAGCCACCACAAGCGAAGGCCUGGGCGAGACAUUUGCGUGCAAUGUGUUUGGACACUAUAUCAUGAUACGUCAAUUGGAAGAUGUACUGGCAAGCAGCGAUCAAUCCCGAAUAAUAUGGACCAGUUCCCGCACAGCCAAAAGAGAUGACUAUAAUCCUUCAGAUUAUCAAUGUUUCAGAGGCCCAAGCCCAUACGAGUCAUCAAAGUAUGUUACUGACGUGAUUGCCAUCGCUCUCAACUCUCGGUUAAAUAAACGUAACAUCCAUAGCUUUACAACACAUCCCGGUGUUGUUGCCACCAAUAUCGUUUACGAUCAUCUCGGCUGGGCAAUGGACAAAACAAUGAAGGCUGUACUUUAUACGGGGAGAUCUCUUGGAAUAAAAGAAGCAACAAUUACCGGAUGGAAUGGAUCUUAUGCAAAUUAUGUUGUGGCAACCGAACCUAUCGAGAAUCUCAACAAAUUUUGCAAGUAUGGUAGCUACGCCAAACCGUGGGGAUCAAUCUAUUGUCUUGAAGAAGCGAUUAUUUGUUAUGAUGAAAAAGAGGCAAAUGAUUUGUUAAGAAAGUUGGAUGAUUUGUUGAAUGAAUUCAGAAAGAAAAAUAAAUACGGAGUUUGA